AUGGAGACCAUCAUCUAUUUCACACCGAGGAAGGGCUGUGACAGCUCUGAGCUCAAGAAGCGCAAAAGAGACAUCCGCAACACGCAAACAAUCGCCAACAUCUCAGAAAAAGUCCCGCAAACCACCAAACCCGUGGGCUGCGGCGGACUAGCCAUGCGGAAGAAGAGAGGCCGUGGCGGCUGGAAUGGCCCUUCGAGGGGAGCUCAUGGAGGCCGGGGCGGCGGUGCUCCAGGCUUCUGGCGGCACCCUCCUAACCCAUCCGCCCACGCCAUGGACUCGUUUCCCAUAGUCUCCAAUGCAUUUUCUAUGCAGGAUGAGGCCAGGAAUACCUCACGAGAAUACCUAGAAUGGGACGGAGACGACCGUCUUCGAGACAGACCAGUCAAAUUCAUCAGCGGGGGCAUGAUAGACCCGCUGAAAGUGGUGCAGUCGGAGCCUCCUGUUGCUCCCCCGAGCAGGCCGACUGCCCCAGAGGCCCUAGCUGCCCCGGAUGACCGGGCGAUCUCUGAGCCGCCACGAACAGAGGAGGGGCCCACGCCAACCUCCAGCAGCGACCUUUUCUUUGUCGAUACCUCAGGAGACAAGUCACUUCGCUCUAGUGACGCUCCCAAGGCGGAGCUGAAGCCCCAAAGCCACGAUAGCGACCACGAGACAGACUCGAGCGAAGAGGUCAUCUUGUUCAAAGGAAGAUCUGCCGCUCCACGACCGGUGCCCACCACCAUCACCGUCCACGAGAUGCAGCGCGAGAUCGAGAUCGUCGCUAGGAUGCAAGCGCAGAGGCUCCAGGCGAAACCUGCGCCGGACGAGCAGUCCGCCGCGGAAUCUUCUACAAUGCCACCGAUGGCUCCUUCGUCAGCAAGCAACAAGUCAGGGGCUUCUGAUCGCCCCGUCUCCUUCGACGCCAUACUCCAGGACAGCGACCUCGAGGACGAGGCUCUAAAAGAUUACCUAGAGAACAUGGAGGGGCUGGAGGAUCUGAUUGCGCAGCACAAAGCUUUUGCUGCGAGAGACAUCGGAGGCAGCGAUGGUGACAUGGUCGUCCAGCCGGAGGGCGACAGCGGUGGCAAUUCCGACACAGACGCCGACAGUGAUGCCGAUUCUGACAAUGGCGUGACAGGCGAUGGCGAUCCUGCUGACUUGUCCGAGGAUAAAGACUCUCCUCCUCCCGAUAUUGACGACGAGGAAUUGGCCAGGCUGCUCGCGAAACAGGAGUCUUUCGGAAUGCACGGCGACGAGCUGAUCCUGUUUGACGAGGCGGCUGCAUGGUCUGUUCGCAGUCCACGUUCUCGCCGCAAGGGCCCACAGGCCUUUCUCAAGGAGAACAACCCCGCAGACAACGCCGCGGCUGUUGCCGAUGUGCUCGACGAUCUCGAUCUGGUCAUGGACUGCGACCGCACCAACCCACUGCGCAAGAAACCCAAGGGCAAGCACGGGGCCGCCAACUUCGACGUCGCUGACGAGGAUCUCAAUGCCAUAGUGGAGGCGACCUUCGAGAAGGAUAGACUGAAGAAGAAAGAGAGGAAGCAGGAGAGAGAGGAGCUCCGCGCCAAGGGUUUGCUGGGGAAGCAUCCAAACCCAGACGACCCCAGGGUCAAGUACGUCGAUGGCAUCAACAUAGACGAGCUGCGACAGGAAUUUUCCACAUUCCUCAUCACCGGUGACCAGAUUUGCACGCUACCUCCAAUGGAUCCGUCGGCUCGUAAGAUCGUGCACGAAAUUGCCCUCGGGCUGCAUGUCAAGUCCAAAUCAACUGGCAAAGGCGUCCAGCGACGUCCCGUUCUGCAUCGCACCAAAGCAACACCGGCGUACAGUGAAGACGCUAUCGAGAAAGCGUUCCAUCGUGUCAACCGACGAUUUUUCCACCGGGCCGACAAGCAGCGAAAGUCGGGACGGGGCGGAGGAGGCGGCGGCGGCGGCAGUGGCGGUGGUCGAUCAGCAGGAGGCUUUGGUGCAGUUGGAUGCCGUGACGGCGAAGUCGUUGGUGGUUCAGCGCCCGAGCUUGGGGAGACGAACAAGGGUCGCACCAUGCUGGAAAAGAUGGGCUGGUCCAAGGGGAUGGGCCUCGGAGCCCUGGAUAACAAGGGAAUCCUAGAGCCCGUGGCUCAUGUGAUGAAGGUGUCCAAGGCAGGGCUUGGAUAAUGCACUGGGGCUUAAACUACAGGAUAAUUCAUCUGCGACAGGGGCAUAGAUUGUCAACUAGUGGUGAAAGAUUCCACGUUUGGACAACAUGUGGACAGCAUGGUGUCUGGGCUUUGUUACGCAGAUAGAGCAGCAGGUGGAGAGUGCGAGAAGAAUGGUAUUACAGUGUCUAUGCGAG